AUGGCCGCCAACAGCUCGCAAAAGAUCGCCAUCUUGUCUGUCUACGACAAGACGGGCCUGCUCGACCUGGCCAAGGGCCUCGUCAAGAACAAUGUCCGCCUGCUCGCAUCUGGCGGCACCGCCAAGAUGAUCCGUGAGGCCAACUUCCCCNAUGUUUCGGCCAUCACCAAGGCUCCCGAGAUGCUCGGUGGCCGCGUCAAGACCCUCCAUCCCUCAGUCCACGCCGGUAUCCUUGCCCGUGACCUCGCUUCCGACGAGAAGGACCUGGCCGAGCAGAACAUCAACAAGGUCGACUAUGUCAUCUGCAACCUGUACCCCUUCAAGGACACCGUCGCCAAGAUCAACGUCACCAUCCCCGAGGCCGUCGAGGAGAUUGACAUUGGUGGUGUUACCCUGAUCCGUGCCGCCGCAAAGAACCACUCGCGUGUCACCAUCCUCUCAGACCCCAACGACUACCACGACUUCCUCUCCGAGCUCGAGAAGGGCGAUGUCACCGAUGCCACCCGUCAGAUGUUCGCCCUCAAGGCUUUCGAGCACACCGCCGACUACGACACUGCCAUCUCCGAGUUCUUCCGCAAGAAGUACGCCGGCAACGGCAACCAGCACGUCUCGCUGCGUUAUGGUACCAACCCCCACCAGAAGUCGGCCGCUGCCUUCAUGAAGGACCAGAAGCUGCCCUUCAAGGUCCUGUGCGGUGCUCCCGGCUACGUCAAUCUGCUCGACGCCCUGAACGCAUGGCCUUUGGUCAAGGAACUCAGCGCUGCCCUCAAGUUCCCCGCUGCUGCCAGUUUCAAGCACGUCUCACCCGCUGGUGCCGCCAUUGGUGUUCCUCUCAACGAGGUCGAGCGCAAGGUCUACAUGGUCGACGACAUUGAGGGUAUUGAGAGCUCUGGUCUUGCCCAGGCCUAUGCCAGAGCCCGUGGUGCCGACCGCAUGUCCUCGUUCGGUGACAUGAUCGCCUUGUCGCACGAGGUCGAUGUCCCUACCGCCAAGAUCAUCUCCCGUGAGGUUUCUGACGGUGUCAUUGCUCCUUCAUACACCAAGGAGGCCCUCGAGAUCCUCAGCAAGAAGAAGGGUGGACGCUACCUCGUUCUUCAGAUGGACCCCGAGUUCGAGCCCGCUGCUCAGGAGUACCGCACCGUCUACGGCAUCAACCUGACCCAAGGCCGCAACGAUGCCCACAUCACCCCUACCGACAGCUUCGGCACCGUCAUCACUCCCAAGGACUCUGCCGCCCUCCCCGAGUCUGCUCUCCGCGACCUGACUGUGGCCACCAUUGCCUUGAAGUACACUCAGUCCAACUCUGUCUGCUACGCUCUCAACGGCCAGGUCAUUGGUCUCGGUGCUGGUCAGCAGAGCCGUAUCCACUGCACACGUCUUGCCGGCGACAAGGCUGACAACUGGUUCAUGCGCUUCCACGAGCGUGCCCUCAACAUCAAGUGGAAGAAGGGCACCAAGCGUCCCGACAAGAGCAACGCCAUCGAUAUGCUCUGCAGCGGCGUCUUGCCCGCCUCUGACGAGGAGAAGCACGAGUACGAGAAGAUGUUCGAGGAGGUGCCCACCCCCUUCUCCGCCGAGGAGCGCCAGGUAUGGUUGAGCAAGCUGUCCCAAGUCGCCGUCAGCUCCGACGCCUUCUUCCCCUUCAUCGACAACGUCUUCCGUGCCGCUCGCUCUGGAGUCAAGUACAUUGCCGCCCCCACCGGCAGCCAGAACGAUCAGGCCGUCUUCACCACUGCCGAGAAGCUGAACAUCACCUUUGUUGAGCAGCACACCCGUCUGUUCCACCACUAG